UUUUGCUUGCUCUAGCUAGCUCCCGGUAUAUAUACCCCCAACGUAGCAAUACAUCGCUCAGACGAGAGAUCACAGAACCAAACGACUAAUCCUCCUCCAUCGAUCGGGAGUCAUGAAGUCCAGCUGCGGAGCAUUUCUCGCAGCCAUGGCGGUCGCGGCGGCGUUGGCCACGACGGCGCUGGCGGUGGACUACACCGUGGACGACUCCAUCGGCUGGGACACGUACGUCGACUACGACAAGUGGACGGCCGGCAAGACCUUCAUGAUCGGCGACACCCUUACAUUCAAGUACGAGGCGUACCACAACGUGCUGGAGGUGACGGAGGCGGACUACGGCAGCUGCGCGACGGGGAAGCCCAUCUCCACGCACUCGGGCGGCGAGACCGUGUUCGAGCUCGCCGAGGCCGGCACGCGCUACUUCAUCUGCGGCAUCCCGCGCCACUGCGCCAACGGCACCAUGCACCUCCAGGUCACCACCGUGCCCUACGACGCCGCCCUCGCCGCCAAGAUCAAAGCAGACGCAGCCGCAGCCGCCGCUCCUUCUCCUUCGCCGCUCCCCUCCCCGCCCGCGGACACCUUCGCGGACGCCGCCGCCAGGAGCGCGCCGGCGGGCGGCCCGACGAAGGCCACCAUCCCCGCCCCCGGAACCUCCGGCUCCGUGUCCCUGACGUCCGCGCCGCCGCGGUAUCACGUCGCCGGUCUGCUGGCGCUGGCCGCCCUCGUGGCCAUGGCCGCGUAAUUAAUUGGAUUAAUUUGAGCAAUUGCACGAUCUCUACACGUACGUUUGGUACAAAGAGUUUGUACUAAAGUCUUACCAGAGGCUUUCCCUUUUUUUUUUCUGUACUUGUUUUCAUUUAUUUUAUUUUUCAUGUGUUGAUUCCUUGUUCAUUUCGUGCAUGGACACGACUUCCUACUCUGUAACUACAUUUUGAAACAGGUCUUUGAUACUACAUUUCGAUUUGUGCAAAGGCACUCUUGUGCAAAUCUGCUUUUGUACACACGUCUA